GCUGUGGCCUGUGGCAGUGGCGGAGCCACAUGCAACAACAUGGGGGCAAUGAACCCAACAAGAUUAAAAAAAAUAGUGUAACUUAAAGCUCAAUCUAUAUGAUAUCCCCACUCAUAAUUAUUUUUUGCUUCCAUACCUUUUUUUUUGCCCCCAACAGAAAUAUUUUCUGCCUCCGCCAAUGGCUGUGGGAGCUGGAUGGCAAGCAGUGGUGGCGUAUGUUAACAUUGCAUGCUAUUACUUGUUUGGGAUCCCAUUUGGUUUAUUGUUAGGAUACAAGCUCGACUUUGGUGUAAAGGGAAUCUGGUGUGGGAUGUUGACGGGAACUGUGGUUCAGACAAUAGUCUUGACGUGGAUGAUCUGCAGGACAAAUUGGGACAAAGAGGUUGCGAUGGCUGAUCACAGGAUAAGAGAGUGGGAAGGAGAAGUAUCGGAAAUAGAGCAACUCUUAAACUAAAAAGACUGUACGUAAGCUAGUAUUCAUAUCAAAGAAACUCAGUUUCACUGUCUGUGUUUGGGUCAAGAGCACUUACAAACAGUUAAUUAUGCAUUCACCGUUUUCAAAAAUUUGAUAGAGAUGUCCGGUAUGUCACACACGGUCGUGAAGCACUAGAACUAAGUAAAGGAAUGCAAAAAGUUAUUUUUACAAGUAUGGGUUGUUGUUGCUUUUGGGAAUGGUAUAUUCAUUUUAUAUCAUAUUUCUAAAACUAAAACCGAAGGGUGAAAUCGUAACAAGGCUUUAAAUUGGAAAUCGUAGUUUUCUGAAGCUAAAUGUUAUAGCAAGAUUCAAUAAGUACAUGCAUAUUAUAUAAACUAGGCGUCAUAAGUAAAGUCAACGAACAAGUUGGCCUUUGUAUAUAGAUAUGUUUUGAAAAGACAAUAGACAUAAGCAGGGGCGGAUGUAAGAAGGGAGUAGGGGGUCAGCUGACCCACCUCAUUUUGAAAAGUAUAUGUAUUCUUAAAGAUAAAUAAUGUGCUGACCCCAUGAAAAUAUUAUUUUUGACCCCAAAAAAAUCAAACACACUAAAAACUAAAUGAUGAAAUUUAAUUACCUAAUUUUGACUCCGCCACUAGACAUAAGACAUAAUAUUCAUUCAACGGUUUAGCGGAUUCCGAAAACCAUACAUGAUCUACAUAUACCUGCGUUGAAUGACAAGUUGUAGAGUAACAUUAAUUUUGCAGGAGUAAUUGAUUAAAUUUCAAAAAAAAAAAAAGUUAUUGUUUAGCAAAGGUUUUUGGGAAAAAUCUUAAAAUAAGAGAAUAACAAAGAUAUCCAAUAAUGGCAUAUCGCCUUGUAUCAGACACCUACAUACCAUAAACACGCUGUACGACAAACAUACAUCUCCUAUAUAUUACAGAUAAGUUCUAGUACUUAUUGUUGUUAUCUACUUAGUCCUUCUCCUAUUAGGGUUAGCAUAAUCUCUUGUAUAUAUACAUGACUUUGUCAAUGAAUACAAUGACGCUUUCUAUUCAUGGUAUCAGAGCAAUAACAAUCCUAUACCAACAACACUUCCGCAUCAAAUUUUUUUUACUCACGUGAUUGACAAUAUUCGAUCAUGUCUACUAUACUAGCCCUACCUCCUCUAUUGCUUCUCCUGCCAUUACAACUACCAAUUCUUCUCCUACUACUCCCCCAAAGUCUGAGACACCUUACAAACUACAUCCUUCUGAUAAUCCAGGGGCAUUAAUUACUCCUGUGAUUCUCAAAGGAGACAAAUACUCGGAAUGGGCUACAGAAAUCUGGAAUUCACUACAGGCAAAACAGAAGAUAGGUUUUUUAGAUGGAACAAUCCAAAAGCCAUCAACAAAUCCAGAUCUAUCUCGUUGGACUGCUUCAAACUCAAUGAUCGUUGGCUGGAUAAGGACUUCGAUUGAACCACAAGUUAGAUCUACUAUAAGUCAUGCUUCAGACGCGCAUCAACUAUGGGAUUCACUCAAACGAAGGUUCUCAAUUAAAAACGGUGUUCGAAAGCAUCUAAUACAAGAUGAAAUUACUAAUUGUAAGUAGAAUGGACAAACAGUUCUAGACUACUACGGUCGCUUGUCCAAACUUUGGGAAGAGCUGCACAGCUUCCAACCUACUCAAUCUUGUACGUGUGAUGCUUCCUCAGCUAUCAAAAAGAACGUGAAGAUGCAAAGGUACACAAGUUCUUAUUUGGUCUCGACGAACCACGGUUCUCGACAAUUCGAUCUCAGAUCAUUGACAAAGAACCACUACCGCAUCUUAACAUCGUCUACUCUCGAGUCAUAAGAGCUGAACAACAUCUUCUCACCAUGCGUUCGUCAGAACUCAAGCAAGACCUCAUUGGAUUCUCAGUCAAAACAGAGUCUCCCAUACAAACCUCCUCUACUCCUAAUACUGCUGCUGCUAACACAUUCUGAAGCCGUGAUCCUAACUGGUUCUGUACUCACUGCAAUCGCAAGGGACAUGAAGCUUCCGA